AUGGCUGCAGCACGUCCCACAGGUCUCAUCGCCAAGAAGGGCAUUGAGCUCUUGACUUUCGGCACUCCGAACGGCUACAAGGCCAGCAUCAUCUUGGAAGAGCUGAAGGAAGCUUACGGGCUCCCUUUUGUGGUCCAGAGCAUCAACAUCAUGCAAAACAUCCAGAAGGAGCCGUGGUUCACAUCGCUCAACCCCAAUGGCCGCAUCCCUGUCAUCGUGGACCAUGACAACGAGCAGCUUGCUGUAUUUGAGGGCAAUGCUAUCCUCAGCUAUCUGACGCGGAAGUACGAUACUGAGCACAAGUUCUCAUUCGCCUUCUCAGACAACGACUAUACGCGAGCUGAAUCUUGGGUUGGCUGGCAACACGGUGGACUGGGUCCCAUGCAAGGUCAAGCGAACCACUUUGUCAGAUUCUCCAAAGAGAGAAUCCCUUACCCUACGCAGCGCUACGUCGGCGAGACGGAGAGACUCUUUGGCGUCUUGAACACGCACCUCGCCGAGCGGGACUUUGUCGUUGGCCCAGACCGCGGGCGGUACAGCAUCGCUGAUAUCUCAAUGAUCGGAUGGGUUCAGGGAGCCCCCAUGGCCGGUGUGGAUAUUUACCAGUUCCCGAACGUCAAGGCUUGGUUGGACAGGUGCUAUGAGAGGCCUGCUGUUCAGAGAGGCAUUCAGAUCCCCAGUUCUCCAUACAUGUCCAUCGCUAGUAUGGAGCAAAGAUUGAAGGAGGAGAAGGAUCUUGUCGAGAGUGAAGCCGAAGUCAGGAAGCAGGUUGACGAUGCUAAGAAGGCUUACGGAUACGUUUACACGUCGCCAUAG